AUGAAAGUUUUACUCCUAAUCGUAGCUGCAUUUUGCAUUUUUGGACCUUUUGCUUUAGCAGAUAAGAGGCCAGUCAUCAAGCUCUGUCCAUCUUGUAGCUCUUCAACAUUUGCACCACCCGAUAGUGACUGUCAUUGUGUAUUUGGAUCACCAAUUUUGAGAAGAUAUGCAUGUGGACCUGCUUGUGAUGCCAUUGGGCUUUGCUGUGAGAAGAAGAUUGUGGAUCCAAGUGAUUUAAAUCCAAGAACAAGAGCUUGA